CGGGCUCCGUCUGAGUCGGGGCGACGUCGACCUCGGCUCAUCAUCUCGGGACGCGAUGACGACGGCGAGCGGCGAUGGGUUCGGGUGGACGACUUGGUGGGGCCUGAGCCCGGCACUCGACUUCCAGAUGCAAGACCACAGCAGCAGCAUGGAGGGCCGCAGGGCCGACGGGCCUGACGGCCUGCCCCAGCUGCACGUGCUGGUGGCCGGGGCCUCCGACGGGCGCCACCUCCUCAAGACGGUGGCGCAGGCCCGCCGGUGGCCCCGAGCGCGGAUCCACUUCUACGUCUUGGAGAGCUUCCUGGAGCUGUACGGGAGACAACUGCUGCUCCUCACCCUUGCCCUGGAGGCUCCUCACCGCAUGGGCCUGCAGGAGAAGAGCGAGCUCUUUGUGGAGCUGUUUGGCAACAGCCUGCUGCGUUCGCACACCGCCACCUACCUGCGCCAGCAGGCGCAGCUGCUCGUGGAGGUGGUCACUGACCAGGAGCUGGCUGCCCGCCGGCUGCCCUGGCUCGACUUGUCGGCCCUGAAGGUGAACGCAGUUUGUCUACGGCUACGGCUUUGUCUUUGUCCUCUCGCCCGGGUGCCGCGAUGA